GCAAACAGGUGGGCAGUCCGCAGCGCUCACGCGGAUGUCUUUUACAUAUCAACAUGGCGGCUUCCAGUGGAAAGUCGAUAUUAUUCGUGUGCUUGGGGAAUAUCUGCAGAUCCCCAAUAGGUGAGGCUGUUUUCAGGAAAAUGGUUACAGACACUGGAGUGGUGGACAAGUGGGUUAUAGACUCUGGUGCCACGUCAGAUUGGAAUACUGGCAGCGCUCCUGACACCCGUGGUCUGGCCUGCCUCAGGAAACAUGGCAUAGAGACAGAUCACAGGGCAAGACAGAUCACUAACGAUGACUUCAUGACGUUCGAUCAUAUUCUCUGCAUGGACGAGAGCAACUUGAGGGAUCUGAAUAAGAAGGCAAACAGCGUGAAGCAAUCUAAAGCCAAAAUUGAGCUGCUUGGCAACUAUGACCCUGAAAAACAACUGAUAAUUCAAGACCCGUACUAUGGGAGUGAUAAAGACUUUGAGAGGGUGUAUGAACAGUGUGUGAGAUGCUGCAAAGCUUUUCUGGAGCAGCACUCAUAACACGUGUGCACGUUCCCAGCAGCGGUCCCACCUGAACAUAAAAUGCUAGUAGUACUUUAAUCUAAAUGAUGCUGAAGUUUUUCUGUUUGGAAAACACACAGACCAAACACUGGCAAUGUUUUUGUCUUAAUUGUAAAAUAAGUUGUAAUAUGCAGGUUUGACAACUAUGAACUGAUUUUGUUGACUGUAGAAUCUGUUAAACUGAGGAGAGGAAAUUCACCCAAAUAAACUAAAUUAAAUGUUCUGAAAUCAGGAAAAUCUGAACUCUUUUCGCACCUCACACAAACACGCAGUAUACUCUUAUAAACCUGUU